CUCAAGCGCCCGCAGUUGCAGCGCGAUUGUCACCUGCGAAACUCAAAUAUGACGGCACCAACAGCUAACAUAAACAACAUGCGAACUCGAUACCUCUAACAACCGUCAAUUGUGCCAGGAUGGAGGGCGUCACAGGACUAAGCCAGCCAUUAUACUCUAGGGCGUUGGCCCCGUUUAGAGAAGCUAGCCAUACCAUAAUCUCUAAACCUGCACGGCGAGCCUAUAUCAACACCGUCCUCUUUGCUCUCACGUCUUUGGUUCUUUUCUGCAUUUCCGUCGUCGCAUAUUGGAUAUUCUACUAUAACUAUGUGCCGCAGAUCGGGAUGGAGCGGCAAGUUCACCUACAAUUCGGUGACGGGCACCCGUAUGGCACUGCGACGUUGGGCACAGAAUUGAUCCCUGCGCAGCAAUAUGAUAUCAGCGUCGCUCUGUAUCUUCCGCGCACCCCUUCCAACCUCGAUGCCGGCAAUUUUAUGCUUGAUCUUGCACUAGUCUCUACUGUAGACACAAAUAUCAAUACAAAUGCAGAAGCGUCAGCGGAAGAAAAUAUAAUUGCCCGGUCGCGGAGGCCUGCUAUUUUGACAUAUGCGUCCCCCAUGGUGGAUACGGCCAGGAGGGUGUCGAAAAUGCCGCUCUACGUGCUUGGGUGGCAGAGGGAGGCCGAGAAGUUGAAGGUUAAUAUGAUGGGGCGGGUGGAGUUUGCGAGGAAGAAAGGGGCUAUGCCGAAGAUGCUGAGGUUGGAGAUUCAAAGUGAUGAAAGGAUGCAGGUUUAUAAUGCUGUUGUCAGGUUUGACGCGAAGUUUAGCGGGCUACGAUGGAUUAUGUAUAAUUGGAAAAUCCUCUCCUUCCUAACAUUCAGUUCGACCUUCUGGAUCGUUUCAAUGUUAUUUACAUCCUCGGUAUGGAUAGCUCUGGCGGGCCAGGCUGAACCAACAUUUAAAAAGAGGCCAAAAUUGGAAGAUGAAGCUGAAGAAGAAAACAGCAGUGAUGUCUCUGUGAAGGAGGAGGAAGGAAGCGAUGAUGAAGAUAGUUCUUCAAAGCUUAUUAAACAACGCAAAAGGCGGAUGAGAAAUGAACCGGGGCAGAUUAAAAAGGAAGAAGAUACUGAAGAGUCUACGGUCCUCCAGACUUUGGCUAGAGAAGGCCAUCCCGACGUUGAACCAGACACCCAUCCGGCUAGCACCAGCACUUCAUCGCAGACAGCUACAAGGGAUAACUCGGAUCCAGCCGUCCAGAGGCGCAGAGCCCACGUGCGCUUUGAAUAUGGCGAAGGCGAGGACUAACUAACUCCCUCUGCCAUUUAAUCGUGUGCUUGUGGGAGCCAUGCUUAAUUUACUUUUGGCUUGCAAUGAUACCCCUAGACUUUUUCGCGGCAACAAUAGUAAAAUAGUAUAUAAUACAAGUUCCAUAAAAUGUUAAACUAAUCUGAGC